AUGUGCUCCAGGAAGAGCUUCCAAGAAGGUUCGAUACUCUCGAGUACACGGAAUCGAAGACUGACCCGAAAUAGCUACAUAUCAUCACUCAUAGAACACCUUCAGCAAGGCAGUCCUGUGAAUCAAUCUUCUCGAGAUCAACCGCAAAAGCCUGGAAUCCAAGCAACCAACGAGUCUUUACCAGUGCGCCAACCACAGUUUGCUUUCUCUCGAGGGGCGUACCGAUACGUAGGAGCUGGUUCUAUCCUUCUAGAUGUUCAAGACCACCAGGAUGCGAGACCCCAAACAUGGACCGAGCGGCAGACACAUAGUUUUCCCGCUCAAGCACCACCCAGUGCAAGCUUCAUGGCUCCUGAGCUUAUCCGCUACCUUCUCGAAGUCUUUUUCAAUUCAGUCCAUCAAGUCUUUCCAGUCUUGGAUCCAUCUUUGCCAUGGCUAAAUGCGGAUAUGGAAUUCGACAAUGCACUUGUCACUACCCAGGCGUGCGUAUUGGAGAUGGUUUGUGGCAUCGCAUGCCACUGUGACGACGUUCACAGCUCUGAACUCAAGACUGUGGCGUCUGCAGCAUACGCUCGUGGUUUACAACACAUGAAUGCCGCAACAGCCGAGCCAUCGAUAUCUACACUCCGGGUGGGUAUUUUACUUGUCCUCUAUUCUCUCUUCGAUCCCAUUAGUGGCAACAUCAGCCAACAACUCGGCUUCGUUGUUCGGUUGUUGAUCGAUCUUGCUGGGUCAGUCGACUCUACCCAGUCUCCGAACCUUUCGACGCUAUACUACACGAUUUACUGCCUCGAGAACCAUGUGUGCAACGUUCUAACACGACCUACAACAUUACCAGAGCCUACCACCCCUUUAACCUUUUCGUCAGAAAUACCGCUCGAGUUUCUAUGCUCCUUGUAUCGACUCCAGUCGAGACUUCGACGCGGGACUCUAGAUGCAGCUUCUUGCGACGCUGUCAUGCUUAUCAACGAUGGUGUGCUUGAAACACUCCACCCCAACAUAGUUUCAACACUAUGGGAGACGCGAGUAUUGCUCAGAAAAACCUCAUUCGUGGCUAUCAGACUGAUUCAAGCAUACUCUACUGAUGGCUACAUCGCGACUUUUGCGACGCCAUAUUGGGUUUACAAAGCGAGUAUAAUCAUCAUUGAUGCAAUCCCGACGGUUGAUAACCCAUCGAGAGCCAGCCUGAUGCUGGCAUAUGGCAAGUCGGUAGCACUCUUGUCUCAGUGGUCGGAGAAAUGGGCUGCAGCGGCAACUCUGCUAAAAUCCUUGCAGUGUUGUCUGCAGAAUCAACACGAAAUGAUACCGUGA